AUGAAGAGUAACGAGGUAAGAGGGAAUUUAGAAGACCAUGACAAGAGCAAGGAGAUGGGGGAGGGAGAUUUAGGUGGGCAAGGGACGGAGCUCUUUGGAGACCAUAAGGGUUCCGAAGAGAGGGGACGAAGAAUUGAGGGAUAUGACGAAAGGACAAGUUCUACUGGCUAUUUGGAGAGAAGCGAGGGAAGACAGAAGGGCUGGACUCGAGGCAAAAGAGAAGGGUUUUCUCGGGGGAAAGGGAGGAGAACAGAAGAGCAUGGAGUUCGAGAAUUGGGGGAAGAUGGGAGAGUUGUUCGAGGAGAGGAGGUAGACUGGAAUGUUCGGGGCCUGGGGGAGAGAAAGGGAGGUAAGGAAAGAGCUAGGAAGCAGGAUGAGAACUAUAAAGAAGACGAAGAAAACAGAAGAAAGGAAGGAAAAUUCUGCCAGGAGGGGAUGAAGGGAAAGAGAAGAGGAGAAAAAGGGAUACCAAAAAAUAAGUCAGCAGAAAGCGAGGCUUACUUAAACAAAAGUUCCAGAAGCCAUCAGUUGCUUAAUGGACCAUUGUGUGGUUUGCAUACUUCGGCGAACAAUAUCAACAUCGAGGAGAUAGAGAACAUGCUAUACAGGGAUGUGAUGAACGAUGUUUCCAUCGACAUUCCCGGGCAUGAGAUAGUCCCUAUACUCUGUUUCUUUGAAAAUAGUAGAGAACUCAAGGCAAGUGGAUUUAGGUCGGUAGCAUCUUUCCCGAUGUCUCUGGAAGAGGACCCAAGGAAAUUAUUGGUUUCUUCGGAAAAAGGCAAGAUGAAGUCCAGCUCUGGAAAAAAGAGAAAGACAGAGACGAAUUUGGAAGACGGAAAAGCACGUGGCAGGGACAAGGAGAUGGUUCCCUUGGAUAUGAAUGACUGUAGAUACAAAUAUUUCCUGAAAAGAGCUUUUCCAACGAUGCAGAGGGAUGAUGAGAAGAUCCAAAAAUACAUUGAAGAUCAAAGGACCAUGCUUCUAAAGAGGGCUAAAAACAACAAGGCAGAGAUUCCGGAUGUAGGAAGCGGGCCAUCCAAAGCACCAAUGACUAUCAUUUCUUGUAUUCCCGAGAUUCCACCGAUUGGAUUUUCUGAAGAAGAGGACAAGAUAGCCUCCGAACUUAUACAGAAGUACAGAAACAACUUCAGGAAGAUUGAGGAGACAGCAUCACACCUAGAGACUAAAAAGUGUAUUCUAAAGUACUAUUUGGCAAAAGACAAGACAUACUCAUACAUGAAACACAAGUCUGGAAGGAUCUCGGAUUUGGAGGUCAAGCUCAUAAUCGAAAGAGGAUGGUCGGAGUAUGAAAGAAAUAUAUUUAUUCAGCAUUUCAGGGUGUUUGGAAAGUCAUGGGGAAAAUACCGUCCAUUGAUAAAUAGGCCGGAAAGAGAUCUCAAGAUGUUUUUUAGAUACUACACAAAGUUUGUCCUGCCUCAGAAUGAAAGCUUAGAAAAAACGGGCGAGCCCGUAAAAAGAGCUUCUAUAAGCAAGGAAGAUGUGCUGAAGAAGUGGACUAUAGACGAAAGGCAGGUGUUUGCAAUAUAUUUUCCAUACUACAACAAGAACUGGGUGUCUAUGGCAGCAUACUUUCCUGCAAAGACUUCAGGGGAUCUUCGGCAGUAUUAUAAUAGGUAUUUCAAGGGUCUCAGCUACAACGAGCAAAGGCUUGAGGCCAGCCUGUAUAACUUCGGCCGAAAACUCACAACACCUCCAGCGAAGUAUAUCGGUAAUUCCAAGGAGGAGAUUAUAUUUUGUACAACGGCAGGGGUUCUUUUCAAGAGGUGA